UGCUUUGGAGGUAAUUUAUACUGUUGUUUUCUCUUUUGAUAAUGUUAAUGUUGGCCUAAAUUAAAAGUUAAUGUAUUCUCUGAAGCUCCGUCAUUGUUACUCCCAAAAAGAAGCACUCCUCGAUUGCCAGAGUUUCAAGUGCGUGCUCAAACUAGCUUGCUGCUUGUGCAUCUGUUCAUGUACAAAUAUCAUUGUUUUGAGUCUAAGUUUGGGCCAUAUCUUGUGCAAAUAAAAUCUCUUGCCACUUUGUGUGGCUAAAAUAUUCCUUCAUCAUAUUCCUUCUCAAAAUUUCACCUGAAGAUGGUGGAGAGGGCUAUGCAACAUACAUCUGCAGUUUCAUCAUCUCUGGUUUCUUGCAGUGAUACUGAUAAGAGGUGGAAAAUGGAGGCCAUUGAGAAAUGUGAUGUGAUGGUGUACAUGAAGAUCUUCAAGUUUCUAUAUAAGUUCUGGCAUUGUGGACUCGAAAAAGAGUUCUUUAUAUAUGCCCACAAGUGGAGAGGUUACUACACAUUCUGGCAGGCCUUCAGAUUCACUCUUCAAUGAUCAUAGGCAGCCUGUACCUCAGAGGCCACGACCACUUCCUUUUUUCCCAAAAGACCAUCAUUCUGUGACAAUUUUGGUCCUUUUGUUGAAACUCAGAGAACUGCCGUAUCUCCCCCUGUAUGGGGUAACCAGGCAAAGUUGCCAGGCAAUUUUAGCAACUAAUGGACUCGCCAAGAGCAACCUGCAGUCUUACCUUAUGACUCUAGAAAAAAAAUUUUGCAACCAAGAAUGUGGAUGCUCAGGCCGCAAAAAGAACCAGUUCUUGUACUCACACUUAGGACAGUGGGAAACAUUGUUAAUGGUGAUGAUGCCCAAACUCAGGAAGUUCCUUAGCUUUCAGGUUGAUAACUUGGAAUUUCUGAGGGAAAUGAGGAUCAACCCAAUAAAGGUUGCCAAAGCAUUAGUGGAAGUGUUUGCUGAAAUGAUUUUGAUGAAUAUGGGUACAAGGUGUUAUGCCAGUUCAGUGAUAGAGUGGAGAAACACCCGAGCAAGAAAA